GAUAUUAUAUAUAUAACCUAGUAAAUAGAGUCUUUGUAGCCGCAAGCCACAGAUUACUCCCUCUCUCCUUUUUCCGGUGCCGUUCUCUCACUCUCCCCGUUAGCACAAUGUCCAGGUCGACAGAGAUGACACGCGGUCGUUUUACCCAAAGAUACGCAGCGGCCAACGUGGGUGCCAACGUGGGUGUAUUCUGGGACAUCAAUGAUUUCCCCAUUCCCGAUUAUCUUGAUUCAUAUGCCUUUUAUGAAGAUGUGAAAACAAGUCUUCAGGAGAAGGGUUUUACUGGUAGCUUUUCAUUACAUCUAUACGCAGAUGGCGAUCCCUACAUGCCUGCCAGAUUGGUAAACCGAUUUCGGUGUCCCGAACUUGGAGUCAGUUACAUACCUUCAGGUGGUGAAUUUUGUAGAGAUUCUUGGAUCUUGUUAGACAUCCUUAAGUGGUCAAUUGAGAAUCCAUCUUCAAAUGUCAUGAUCCUUGCCAAGAAUUUCAAAGAAGAAGCGGCAGUCAAUAUUUCCUACCUGGAUAUUAGUCACAACCUCUUCUUAGCGUAUGAUCUUCGUACCGAAAGCCCUGAAUGGCUUUGCUCUUUCUCUAUUAGACCUCUCUCUAUGAGACCUCGAAGUGCACAUCUGAUGAUGCCGACGAAGACUAAGAUAGAAUUCGACUCUUUUCUCUCCCUUUUCAGGAAAUUUGACACCUCUUUCCGUUUUUUUUCCCAAGGCCAUACAGACUUCACACAAAGGUCGUCGUACACAAGUCUUCUGGGAUGUCUCGGAUUCCUCAAAACUUGAAGUUUUGGAUCCCCGAGGGGUUGCUGCCCAUAUCAGUGGAGCGCUUGUUGGUAAUGGUUACUCUCUUCCUCUUUGUAGUACUCUCGUCUACAUUGACGAGAACACCGUCUCACCUGAUACCUUAUCAAGAUAUGCCCAUGCUAAUCUACUUUUGCAUCCAGUCCCCAAAGGAAACAAGUUUGCUAGAAUGCAUAGUAUUGCACUCGACUUGCUUUUCCAUGCAAGGACUUGUAGUGAACCAUCAACUCUUCUCUUACUCUCAGAAGACAUCGAUGAGGAUCCUCUGUUCUCAACAGUUCUUGAUUUCCUGCAAAGGAAAGGUUUCAAUAUUGUUGUUCAAAAUCCUAACCCAAUAGUUGAACUUCCUUUUCAUCCAAAUAAUUAUGUAUUUGAUGACAUUAGCCCGAAAUUCUGAAUUAAUUUGACUAUAACUAAUGUAAUUUGAACAACAAUAACUAAUGUAUUUGACUACGUAUUUUACUCUUUUUUUUUU